CUCCCUCCUGCCACCACCCACCUCAGACUUCCUCCUUCACUUGGUUGGACGCUACACCAUAUCCCACCGGCCCUUGAACUCUGGUGUCCAGCAGCGUCACCUGCGUCAUGGGGGUCCUUGGACCUUCCAACAGGCUCCUGUUCUUGCCUCUCCUCCUGACUGUGGGUGGUUUUAGCCCUGCCCAGGCACAGAACGAAUGCAAUUGCUCCGUGGUGAGUCCCGGUGUGCUGGCGGGGAUCGUGCUGGGGGACCUGGUACUGACCCUCCUCAUCUCCCUGGCUGUGUACUCCCUGGGCCGGCUGUUCCCUCGGGGGCGAGGGGCUGUGGACGCAGUGACCAGGAAACAGCGCAUUACGGAGACAGAGUCGCCAUAUCAGGAGCUCCAAGGUCAGAGGUCAGAUGUCUACAGUGACCUCAACACACAGAGGCCAUAUUACAAAUGAGCCCAAACCACAGCAGUCAACAACCUGAUGCCUGGAUCCAGUCAUUCCUGAUGCCUACCCAGCACCUUAUUCCUCCUCCCACCGAGAUACAGAUCCAGAGUGCUCUCCCUGAGAUGUCAGACUUUUCUCCACCACUGCUCCCAAAUAAACAUGGCACACAAAAACA